AUGGAAACCAAGGACUUUAAUGGGGCAUCAGACCAAUGCGAUGAGGAAGUGGCAAGGCUGAGGGAACGGGAAAAGCUUCUGAAAAGUCAACUUCAAAAACAAGACCUCCUCCUACAAAGACUAAGACUUUUUAACCAAGCUAAAAACGAGGCAAAUACAAAAGUCGUCAAGAUCCUCGAAACAAACCACAAAGACUGUUCCCAACUCUACAUUUCUGGCUCAAAAGUCAGUGGUUUCUACAACAUCCAACCCCAUGUCUCCAUUAAUCCAAUUAGAGUGUACUGUGAUAUGAGUGACGGAGGUGGUUGGACUGUUAUGCAAAGAAGGGUCAAUGGAGCAGAAACAUUUAACAGAUCAUGGGUGGAUUAUAAGAAUGGAUUUGGAAACAUGGUUUCAGACCUUGGAGAAUUUUGGCUUGGGAAUCAGAACCUGCAUUCUAUCACUGCACAAGGCAAUUACACACUAAGGAUUUAUCUGGAAGACUUUGAUGGUAACCAACGCUAUGCUGACUACAACAACUUCAAAGUUGCAGAUGAAAAGGAUCACUACAGACUGACUUUCGGUGCAUAUACUGGAACAGCAGGAGAUGCUCUUUCUGGGAAUUACGAGGCUGGUGUGUCAGACUGGGCCAGUCAUCAGGGCGCGCCAUUCAGCACAUAUGACAAGGAUAAUGACAAGUACGAAGGAAAUUGUGCAGAGGAAGAUAAAGGCGGCUGGUGGUUCAACAAGUGCCACUCAGCCCAUCUCAAUGGCAGGUACUACGCAUAUGGGUACUACAGUGCAGUGACAGAUGAUGGUGUGGUGUGGUACACUUGGAGAGGAUGGUGGUAUUCCCUGAAAACCAGCAUCAUGAAACUUCGACCUGAUAACUUCAAAAUUGACCCUUUGGAUGACCCCAAUGUUGUUCGCAGAGAUCCCGCAACUUAA